AUGGCUUCUCUCCGUCAUCCCGCUCGGGUGUCGCAGCCCUACCGACCGUCUUUCUACAAUACUCCUGGACUUACUGACGGAGCCAAGUCGAUCGACUUGGACUACAGGGAUAGCCACAACCUCACACCUCUGGGCCGCGACGAUAGCUUAGAAGGGAUUGUCGUAGCGGUUGACGAUAUAGAAUCAGAUAACGGGCAACUACUACACGAGUACUCGGACUCAGAAGCACGUUCGAGCUCCUCCAACGCGGACACCGCCAACGCCACCAAUACAGACCAAAGCGACGCGUACGAUACCGACAACGAACACCCAGAGACUGUACUUCAAAAGGUCUUCUCCGAUCUACUCCUGGACCCGGACUGGCCGUACAUUCUGGACGUUCAGAGAACUAUCGAGCUGGAACCGAGCGACUGGGAUCAGCUUGUUGAAGACGUGCUCCACCGGGACGACGACCUCUACCGCCUCUUCUCCUUCCAAUACGACUGCGAUCGCCGUGUUCUCAUCAUGUCUACCCCUACCCUCCUUCACGAGAAGGUGUCCAACUUCAUGGCCUCUAUCGUUACUACGCGCUACGGCGAAUCUUACGUCCUGAAAGUGCCUGGGUUGCAGGGCGUCCUAUCUGCCGAGACGAAGAGGGAGUUCGUCGGCCCUCUUCCUGCUCCUAACGACCCUUCCAGCCAUGUGCGAAGGCAGAUCGGGCCUGCGCUGUUAGUCCCUGACGGCGCUGUAAUUCUGAGCUUCCCGGACCUUUUGCGCUGCAAGAACAACAUUCUGCGGAGCAAGUACGGUGAACACGUAGUCGGAAUAUUUGAGAAGGGUUUCUACGAGCCUUGGGAGCAUGUUCUGUAUCGGUUCGGCCAGUACAGUGGUCCCAGGACGUUGAACCAAGACCCUAAGGACUUGCCCGUGUUCAUGAUGACGAUCAAGAUCAUCGAGCAUCCGAAGUACCACUCUCCAUUCCCCUCGAACAAGCCUACGCCUCCACAAAAGAAAGCGUUGCGGGAUCGCUGGUCGCCGAUUGAGGACGACACGCUGUGCAUGCACGACCCUGGCGAUCCGAAGGAGAGGCUGACUGGCAAAGUUACCAUCGGCGAGCACACGUUCUGCGGGGAGCUCGAGGCGUACCUGGUGCUGAUAUCGUUCGCCAACCAGCACCGAGCGGCGUUGAAGCGGGGCUACCAGGCUCAAUGGACGUUGUCGCGAUGGGUGGAGGAGGGCUUUGGGAUUAAGUUACAAAAGAAGUACGAAGGCGCUGAAGAACAACAACUCAAGGAGUUCACGAGCCUCUGGCAGACGGUCUUCUCGAUGUACCAGUCUCGCCUCUGGGAGAAGGGAGGUAAUGCUUGGCAGGCCUACGACAAGGCCCAGAAGGAUGCCGGCGUCGACGUGUACAAGCAGGAGGGCGUCGCCGUAGCGUGGAACGAUUUCAUGCGCAGGGCUCCGUUCAGAAAUCCGGGAGCACAGAAAGCGAACGUGGGCGAAGUGCCGGUGGACGAGUUCAUCAAGUUCAUUGAAGCCGGUGCGGUGUCUACGGCGAAGCAGCGUUUCGAGACCUUCAAGAGGGAAUGCUGCGGGUACUCGCCGGAUCCGCCUGCUGCCGAGAUAGACGAGAGCGUGGACUUGCUGGACGAGAGCGAUGCGCACGACCAGUACUUGAAGCGAAAGCUGGAGCAGUGGGAGGAACUGCACGAAGAGCGCGAGCGCGAGUUGAAGCGUCAUCGUGAUGUCUCAAACGAACCGGAGUCUGAGUGA